UGUCGUCUUAGACUCUUGGCGAUCUCUGUCGCACCUGCUUUGGUAAACAAAUCGUUACCACCUUUACACAUCUCCAGCCCUCUACAAUUAAGGAGAAAUUAAUUGAAGAAUACUGAACGUUCUAGAUUCCUCUGGUUCAACAUUCUCUGAAAGCAGAAGUUAAGAUCUCCUUGCGCGGGGGAGGUUGCAGCGCGGCGGUCUUGCCUUUCUGUCUAUGCUGAUGAAAUGGAAAACUCUUCGAUGUGUUGUUCCAAGCUCCCCAACGCCUAUGACGACUUCAAAAACACCCAGAGAACAUCCCUAGAAAGGCUGAUCAAAAAGGCUGAUGGAUUUGCAGAAGUAUUUCCAGAGCAUAAGUACGAGAAUGUUAGUAGGCUGCAACAAAGGAACCAUAUGUGGUAUGACAAGAGAUGGUGUGAAUGAUACCCCAGCUCUCAAAAAGGCGGAUAUUUGGUAUAGCUGUUGCUGGUCCUAAUGAUGCUGCAAGAGGCGUUUUUGAUAUUGUUCUCACAGAACCUGGACUGAGCGUUAUCAUCAGUGCAGUUCUUACCAGUAGAGCCAUAUUCCAAAGAAUGAAAAACUACACUUUUGGCUUCAUGUUCAUUGCUCUCCUAUGGGAGUUUGAUUUCACGCCUUUCAUAGCAAUCUUAAACAAUGGAGCAAUCAUGACAAUAUCAAAGGACAACGUGAAGCCAUCUCCACAGCCAGAUAGCUGGAAACUCAUAGAAAUAUUCUCGACUGGAGUCAUGUUUCGAGGCUACCAGGCCUUGAUGACUGUCGUUUUCUUCUGGGCGAUGAUAGACACUGAUAUUUUCUCGAACAUGUUUGGUGUGAGACCAUUGAGUCAACGUCCUGAACAAAUCAUGGCUGCUCUGUAUCUACAAGUUAGCAUCUCAGGUCAGGCUCUCAUCUUCGUCACCAGGUCCCGUAGCUGGUCCUACGUCGAAUCCCCUGGUCUUCUCUUACUUGGUGCAUUUGUCAUAGCUCAAUUGGUGGCGACAUUGAUAGCUGUUUACGCGAACUGGAGUUUUGCGCGGAUAGAAGGAGCCGAUUGGGGAUGGGCUGGAGUGGAAAAGCGUGGAAAGCGUGGAAAAGCGUGGUUAAAAUUGUGGAAAAGCGUGGAUCCCUCUCGACUUGCUCAAAUCGGUAACUUUGAGAGUAUAUGGUUUUCUACUUCUGUGGAUGAGGUCAAGUAA